AAUCGAAUCAAAAUUCGAACGACUCGGCUGUUCACACUUACAAUUCUUAUUUCGCCGAGUGUUUUUCGUUAAAAGUUUAAAGUUUUGUUUAAAGUUUAUUGUAAAAAAAACAGAUAUUAGUUGCAUUAUUCAAAAAUAACACACUUUCGAGGACAACACAGUUUUUGAAUAAUUUUGCAUAUUAGAAAGUUCUAGGUUCUACAUAGCCAUGGCCGAAACAGAGACGAAGCCCCAUCCCGAGCACCACGAUGAGGAUGUCCACGAUGCCAACUACCAGGCGCCGCCGGAAAAGACUAUUGAGGAGAUAAUGGCCGCCGAUCAGGAGGACGAGAGCUUGCGUCGCUAUAAGGAGGCACUUUUGGGCGCCGCCCAGACCGAGAAAAUUAUUGUUGAACCUAAUGAUCCCCGAAAAGUGAUCGUGAAAAAACUUGCCCUCGUCGUAGAAGGACGUGAUGACAUGGAAUUGGAUCUUACCGGUGACCUUACUCAGCUCAAAAAGCAGCUUUUUGUGAUCAAAGAAGGUGUUCAGUACAAGGUGCGCAUAGAUUUUAUUGUGCAACGUGAAAUUGUCCAUGGCCUUAAGUAUGUGCAAAAGACUUCUCGCUUGGGAGUUAAUGUUGUGGUUGACAAAAUGAAGCAUAUGGUUGGCUCCUAUCCGCCGAAGAAGGAAAUUCAAUUUUAUUUGACGCCCGCCGAGGAGGCUCCCUCAGGCACAUUCUCCCGCGGCACCUACUCGGUCAGUUCGGUCUUCACGGAUGACGACAAGCAUAUACACCUGGAGUGGGACUGGACCUUUGAGAUUAAAAAGGACUGGGCCUAAGAAGCACAUCAAGUAGCACACACACACACACACACACACACACGACAUACGCUUUUUGUUUUCCCCAACAUGUCUUGUAAAUGAGUUUAUUUUUGUUCCAAAAGUGUAAGCGCGAUUUUCCAAAAUGUAAUUGAUCGUCAAGUAUUUUUGUUAACGGUAUUAAAUUAAAAAUAUUUUUGUAUGUAAAGUGUAAUGAAAAACCA